UGACCGAGGCUGUGGAUAAGACCAGGGGUAGAGCUCAAGUCUGCACUUAGACCCAGCCUAGACCCCGUGACACCACAUUCUCCUGCCCCAGCGAUAUUUUUGGGGGGUACCCUGUGGGAUUUGGUCAAUAUGGCAACACUUGAGAGUUUCGGCUGCUUUGGGGCAACUCCUGUGCCUUUGGUCGAGCUUUUCUCCCCCUCCUCCUCUCCCCUCACCCCCUUUGCCUUUCCAGCCCAAAAAUGCUGGACACCAUCAGCAGCCAGUACGACUCCUUCAUCUACUGGAGGAUGCCGAUCCCGCGGCUGGACGUGGCGGAGCUGGAGGGGCUGGGGCUCAGCGACGUGGCCCUCUACAAACCCAAAGGAGGGCUGGGCAAGCUCGUCGGUGAGCGUGACCAGGUCAGCCAGGACAUCUCCAAAGAAGAGGACAGUCUGCUGCAGUUCAACACCUUUAAUUUCUGGAGAGCUCCUAUUGCCAGAAUUAGCUCUUUAGAUUUUGAUCUAAUUUGAAGCUCUCCUUUCUGCCCCUCCUCACCCCCCCUGCCCUCUCCCACUCCGCUAGGCAUGCCAGGAUUUGGUUUUGUUGUCGGUUUGGAGGUUGUUUUUCGUGUUUCUGGGCAGUUUUUGACAUUGCUAAUUAACUCAGCAGUUCACCCCGGCCCUGACUGGCGAUGGGCUCCCCGCAAAGCUUCAACCUCUCUCCACCUUCCCCCUCUUUUCCUCUCUUCUUGCAGUAGCGCUGGAAACACCACGACAGUGCAAGCGGGGGGGUAACAGCAGAGGGGGCAAAUACAAGGGGAGGGGGCGAAAAGAACCACCCCAUUGCCCCACGUCCGCAUGCCAGAGGGUGCGGGAGGUGCUGGGGGGUUUCUGCCGCCACCCCACACCCUGCGGCUGUGUGACCGUGGGCAUCCCCGUGCCCUGGGACGAGGGUUCGAGCUCAUUUCUCUUGUGCUUUUUUAAGAAACUCAUUUGUGCAAAGGGAGCGGCGCAGGACUGAUGGGAAUCGUCUUCGUUUCACAGAAAGCAUCAUCCCCGCUCCUCUCCCAGGGACGCAGAGACCCUCUGCGCUUCCCUGGCCCAGUUUCUCCAAAAGCUGCUUCGCUCGUUAAAAACCUUCCCUUUGGGGCUGCGAAGUGGAAGAGGCAGGGGUGUGCUCGGGACACGGGCACAAACCUUUCUUGAAAGAAAUGAUCUCUUUAAGCCUUGUGGCUUUGAGCCCGAGCAGGAGAAAUGAUGGCCAGGAGGGUAAAUGCACAUGGAAAUGUUCUGACCUUGCUUGGUGGGGUCCAGGCUGGAUGUUCAGGGCCUCAAUUUUUUUUCUUUUUUUCUCCCCCAUGUGCUUUAUCCCAGGCAUGACUCCUGACUGGGUGUAUCAUGGGGUCCGGAUGGGUAACGAGGCUGAGCUGAAAGAUAAGAUAGGGAAUUUAGUUUGAUCUUACCCCCAAAUGAAAACGUCUCUAGUUCCCCACACAAUUAAUCAACUCCUCUAAAAAUAACAACAAAAAAAUGCUGCAUUCACUCAAGUGGAAGCCUUUUGUUUUUCUCGGGGAGGUUUUCACCUGUGCUCUCUGCAGGCUGAGGUUUAUUUCUGAGCAUCAUCUCAAAAUGGGG